GUUACAGUUUGUGGGAUUUUUGUAAAUAAAAAAUAAUCGAUCGAAAGGAGCAUUCAUAUUUAUAGCAGGUUCUUGAGUUGAACCUAAUUAUCAUGUCGAGGUAGUCAUGAAUUAAUGAUUCGUCCACUAAAAAAGAGGAAUAGUCUUGAAGAGGUGAUACUGCAUUUUUGAUCCAACAGUCGUGGGACCUGACGUGGAGUAAACGAUGGAAUCCCAAAUAAAUGGAGAACACACCCAAGAGGAUUUCGUUAAGGAUUUGAAUUUUGGUGAUGUUGAUCCUGAGGAUCCACUCACCAAAGCAGCACUCAGUGAUUCUCUUGAAAAUGAGUGGAUGGAUAUCCUGGGGAAUGGCGAAUUGAGAAAAAAAACUCUGACUAAAGGGACGAACAACACACGUCCUCAGAGAAAUGAUAUCUGUACCAUUGAUAUCGUUGGAAGAUUAGAGGAUGGCACCGAAGUUGAAUGCCUCCCAGAUUUUGUGGUACAACUAGGAGAUGUUGAAUUGAUUCAGGGACUAGACUUGGCUGUAGCAUUAAUGGACGUGGGAGAAGUAGCCCAGAUUGAAAUAUCUCCAAGAUUUGCCUACGGUGACUUGGGAAAAAAGCCUGACAUUCCACCUGGAGCAACACUCCAUUACAAUAUUACCCUGAAGGCUGUGGAGAUGGAGCCUAUCGUCGAGGAGAUGGGUUUUACACAGCGAAGGGAAUUCGGGAAUAAAAAACGUGAACGUGGUAAUUGGUGGUUCGCCAGGAAUGAGCCGACCUUGGCUAUUCAGUGCUACAGAAGGGCUUUGGAUUUUCUCCAAUCCUCUGGAGAUGAUCAUAAGAAAAAACCUGAAGACAUCAUGACGGAUUCUCAACUGCAAAUACUUCUGGAGGACAGGACGAAGGUCUACAAUAAUCUUGCAGCUGCUCAGAUUAAGACAGAAGCUUAUGGAGCUGCCCUUGAGAGUGUGAACAAUGUCUUGAGAGCUGAUCCCCAAAAUAUUAAGGCACUGUUCAGAAAAGGACGAAUUCUCCAUAAAAAAGGUGAACAUGCUAACGCAAUAUCAGUGCUGCAGCAUGCAAUGAAGCUUGAUCCGAAUUCCAGUGAAAUUAUUCGCGAAUUAUCGAUACUAAAAGAGAAGAUUACGAAAUAUCUCAGUCAUGAGAAGAAUCUUUAUCGUAAGAUGAUUGGAAAUCCCAAGGAUUCCACUCCUGCUUCCAAGAAAACAAUUUCUCCAUCAAAAACAACAGGAAAACUCACUUGGAGUCUCGUCGGUGGUACAAUUGCAGCAAUCGCCAGUGUUAUUGUGUACAGAUUGACAUUUUAAACAGUCAAACAUUAAUCUUGACAGCAUCAUUACCAAAAUGAUAAUAUAUUUGACAAAAAAAGGACAAAAAUACAUGUAAGGUAUUCUGGGAAGUACUGAUUAAAUUUUGAAAAACAAGAAUUUUCAACAAUA